UUCUCGGGCCUCCUCUCAGGCCUCCGCGUUCAAUUAGCCAAUAGAAAUCCAGCAUUCCUCUCGUCCAACCAAUUGUACUUUGCCACGUCAGACUUCAACGUCAGCGUUUGAAAAAACCCCGACGUUCUCAUUUUCUUCUUUCUUCAUUCAAACAAAUACAAUACCAAACUCCCUUCAGUACCAGAUUUAACUAAAUAAACAAAUACUUUAAAUUAAUUAUCGGAAAACAGUUGAACCGGUGAAGUUAAAGUCGCCGGAAAAUGGAAGCACAUGCAUCGGGAUUUGGCCGUGUGCUACUUCUCAGCUUUUGCGUCGCCGGUAUCUGGGCUGCUUACAUUUCCCAAGGCGUUCUUCAAGAACAUCUAUCGACGAAGAGAUUUGGGCCGGAUACGAAGAGAUUUGAGCACUUGGCGUUUUUGAAUUUGGCGCAAAAUGUUGUCUGUUUAAUCUGGUCUUUCAUCAUGAUUAGUCUUUGGUCAAGAGGAAGUAAGGGAGGAGCACCAUGGUGGAGUUAUUGGAGUGCUGGUAUUACUAACACUAUUGGCCCUGCUAUGGGGAUUGAAGCUUUGAAGUAUAUUAGCUAUCCUGCCCAGGUCCUUGCGAAAUCGUCGAAGAUGAUUCCAGUGAUGCUUAUGGGCGCUCUCGUAUAUGGCAUCAGAUACGCAUAUUCGGAGUAUAUUUGCACACUUCUUGUUGCAGGAGGUGUGUCACUUUUUGCACUUUCUAAGACCAGUGCAAAGACCAUUAGUAAGCUGGCACGCCCUAAUGCACCUCUUGGUUAUGGGCUCUGCUUCUUGAACCUUGCUUUUGAUGGGUUUACAAAUGCUACACAGGAUUCAAUAACAGCAAGGUACCCGAAAACAAGUGCUUGGGAUAUCAUGUUGGGAAUGAAUCUAUGGGGCACCAUAUACAAUGUGGUGUACAUGUUUGGUUGGCCCCAAGCAAGUGGAUAUGAGGCUAUUAGAUUUUGCCAGCAACAUCCAGAGGCAGGAUGGGACAUCCUUUUUUACUGCUUGUGUGGUGCUGUUGGCCAAAAUUUUAUCUUCUUAACCAUCAGUCGAUUUGGUUCUCUUACUAACACGACAAUCACUACCACCCGUAAGUUUGUUAGCAUUGUUAUCUCUUCUCUUCUGAGUGGCAAUCCCCUCUCCACAAUUCAAUGGAGUAGUGUUGGCAUGGUCUUUUCCGGGUUGUCAUACCAGAUUUACCUUAAAUGGCAGAAGCUGCAAAGAUUGCAAAAGAAGCGAAAAGCUACAUGAAUUCAAGAAGCUAUACAUAGUGAUAGUGAAGGUUCUUCUUAACAGGGUGGGACCCUUUUUUGUGUUUUCCCUGAUUAAUCUUAUACCUAUUGAACUGCAAAGUAUACGUUUGUUGCGCUAGUUCCAGUUCAGAUUUCAGGAUAUAUGAUCAGGCAGAAUGUAACUAGAGUAGAUUUGAACAACAGUAAUCGACGGAGUUAUGUCAUGGUGUAUGCAUAUGCGUGUCAAGUGUAGCAAACUAAGCUAAAUCCUUCUUCUUUAAUGCAUGAAUAUCAUAAUGUCAUGAGAUAUUAUACGGA